AUGUUAUUUAUUAUUAUAUAAAUCCUAUUGACUUAAGCAUAAGAAAACUAAACUAACUAUCUUUACCUUUUCAAUCAAUCUGCACUCGAAAUUCAAGUCACUCUAUACUCACACAUAAAUCAACCCUUUAUUUUGGCAUCUUCCAAUAAAAAAUUUGAAAACAUAUUUUAUGUAGAAGGAUAGGAUAAAAUACAAUCUCUGAAUUAUGAUCAUGAGUCAUUCAUCACAAACAACGAUAUUCAUGUAAUAUUUACUGAACCUGCUGUUGAUUUGUACAUUUAUGCUGGUUACUUAAAUUAAUCGUAUAAUCAAUACUCUAAUUUCUCUAUCCUAAUCAAUAAUCAAUCUGGAGAAUGUCCUUCCUUCUGUAUUCAAAAAGGUAAUUCCUGUAAUUCAAUUAACAAAGAGUGUUUAUGCAAAUCCGGCUACUUCGGACGGUUUUGCUAACUCUAGAGGAAAAUCGGAGUUUUAUAAAUCCAAUAUGACAUCAUCAUCAAACCACUUUAAUGGGUCUACAUUGGUUUUGAAACCAAGCAAUUGAAUUCCAAUGAUACUUUAAAGUUGAGGAUUCGUGAUCAGUCAUCUGAAAUGCUCAUGGGAUUGGGAAUGUAAGGAAUAGAAAAUCACGAAGUUCCCAACAUCCAUUAUGACGCAUACAUAAUACCAAAGAAAAUACAACAGUAAAUCUACCAAUUAAAGGGCGAUUUAAUCUAUUAUCAAUCAAUGUGUAUGAAUUGCACAUUUUUGAAUAUCGGAUUUUACAAUUAGCAUUCCUUUCCAAUACUUUUCUAUUUUGAACUCUUUGAGAAGGAACAAUUAAAAGAGAACGACCCCUACCAUUUGCAAACUAUCUUGCAAUCCAUCUUCCUUACUUGUUUCAUAUUGAUCACUUACUUGAUAUUUAGAAAAAUAAGACAGAAACAACAAAGAGAGUAGAUCAGAUUGGUCUAACGAGAAGCGAGAGGAAAUAGAAGGAGAAGAAGAAUAUAACAACAAUAGAACGAUGAGAUUUAAAAAGGGUUUAAUUUAGACUUCAUCUAAACAUAUUUCCCUCAAUUCUAUUACUUAGACCUGGUGGAUAAGUACCCUUAAUUAAGUGAAUUUGUCGAAUGUGUGGUUUGUUUGGAAUCAAUGGCUCCUCCUCAAUAAGGUAAAUUGACAGAAAGAGAUCACAUAGAUCAUUGUUCAUUGACUCCCUGUUAUCAUCUAUUUCAUUAGCAUUGUCUCUUCAAAUGGUUACAAACUCAAAAAUGUUGUCCCCUAUGUCGUAAGGAAUUCAUUGAACAGGAGAUUAAAAAUAAACCUUGGAUUAGCUUUAACAACGAUAUUAGUUUAAGGGAAAGUAGUAGAGCGAAUCCUUUUGUUUAGAGGAUGAAGACUAGAAGUGAGAACACUUAGCAAUCUGAUAUUCCUUUGAUGGUGGACACUGAGAAUGUGGAAACCCAACCUAAUAAAGAUAUUGUUGUAAAUAUUGCUUAAAAGAGUGCAAGAGAUUUGAUUAUAAGAUGA